AUGCCUCGAAUCAUGCUACACGAGCAUGGAUCAGAAACAAAUCAGAAGAACACCAUAUUAUUCCACCCCAGCAACAACAACACCAAACCAGUAUCAGACAAUAUCAACAGCAGCAAGAACAGCACAGGGAGUCUAACUCGAAAACAAAUCCCUUUUCUCUACCGCCUCUUCUUCCUCUACCUCGAGCCUCUCUUCGCCAUCAACGGUGCACGUCUCGCCAUCUUCCACGGCAGCCAAUAUCUGAAAAUCAUCGCGCCGCCAAAUUACCCCCAUCCGCCAUCCCCCACCCCUAACGAGAGUCUGCUUCUUGUUCAGAUCGCCUCGUUGUAUAUGCUCUUUGCGUUCGCGGAGGGCGUGCUCUUGCGCCAUGUGGGCCAGACUCGCCGCGAUAUUUGGCAUCUUGUCAUGAUGUCUUUUGUCCUGUCGGAUGUGGGCCAUUUGUAUGCUCUGUAUCGUGUCGCUGUUGAUGUGGAAGCGACUGAUGUGUUUUGGGAUCCGAGAUUGUGGACGAGGUGGGAGGAAUGGGGGAAUUUGGGCUUGACUUGGUUCGGGUUCUUUCUUCGUGCGGCGUUUUUGUCGGGUGUUGCGAUGUAG